CAAACAUCUUCAAUUUCUGGAAAGUGUUGGCGGAGUUGUUAUCGAGAUGUCUGGUCGCGGUAAAGGAGGCAAGGGCUUGGGGAAAGGAGGCGCUAAGAGGCACAGGAAGGUGCUUCGUGAUAACAUCCAGGGAAUCACCAAGCCUGCAAUUCGCCGUCUGGCCCGCCGUGGUGGAGUGAAGCGUAUCUCUGGGCUGAUUUAUGAAGAGACUCGUGGUGUCUUGAAGGUUUUUCUGGAAAACGUGAUUCGUGAUGCUGUAACUUACACGGAGCAUGCAAAGCGAAAGACCGUAACUGCCAUGGAUGUGGUGUACGCUCUGAAGCGCCAAGGCCGCACUCUUUAUGGAUUUGGAGGCUAAACUUUAAAUUGAUAGUUGUAAUAAACAGAAAAAGGCCCUUUUAAGGGCCACCCACUUUUCCACAGAAA